CUGACCACUGAGCCGAGCGCACCAGUAACCUUGUCCGAUGUGAUCAUUAACCGCGCUGGAGCACGCAGCUGGCAGCCCUCGGAGUUUGUUAUUAGGAUGUGAGGACAGCCAUACGGAUACUGCACAGACUAUUGACAGAUUUGGGGCUUCACUUCGAGAGCUACUGUUCGCCCGAGUGUGGCAGAAAAAUGAGAUUUUGGCAAGUUUUUUGCGUAUUUUUAAUUUUUAUGAUGAGUCUCCUCCUUAUCAAGGGACAGAGACCAGUGAAUCUGGCACUGAGGAGAAAGCUGCAGAGGCACAGCUGCCUUCAGCGGAGAUGCAUGCCGCUCCACUCCCGGGUGCCCUUCCCCUGAGAACCUGCAGCAGCUGGUAGCUCCAAGCCUGCAGGAGUGAAGGAUGGCUCACCUCACCCGUAUGGCCCUCCCUGCAAGGCUGCCCCGACCUCUCCAUCCAAAGAGGACCUGGGUGUGGGUUGCACUCACAGGACUGUCUCCUGCCUGACUUUUUUUUUUUUAAAGAGGAAAAUAACAUAAAUUGAAAAAUGAAGUCUGAAACACUGUUAUUUGCCUAUACACACAAAAAAAUCUCUUUUCCUGCACAUUAAAAAAUAUUUCUAUUCUUCUACAAAUUAAACAAUAUUUUGUAAUGUUUUCAAGCUCUGUAAUGGUAAUAAGUGUAAGAACUUGAAGGUUGGGUUUUUUUUUUUUCUAUUAUUUUCCCAAAAGUAUGUUUUAGUGUUUCCUCUAAAAUCAAAUAUGUGGACUGGAUUUACAGAAUAGGGAGAAAAUAAUCAGUUCAUUAUUUAUAUCAAAAGUCAAAAAAAGUUAUUGCUGCCAUUUUAUAUAUGGAAAGCUGUAGUGUUUAUAAAAGUAUGGUAUUUUGUAUGCUAUUAAGGUGUAAAGGAAAAGUAUGAAAUACAAGUUGUAGCUCAUUUUAUUUUAAAAUCACGAUGUCCCUUUCUGAAUCUGUUUUCAUCGUGGGAUUGCAAGAAGCCUAUAUUUGAUUUCCUUUGAAGUUCUGUUUUAUGCCCUUGAUUAUUUUGCGUAGAGAAUUCCUUUAAAAGACCUGAGUAAUGUCAACAUCUAAGCUUCAGUUCUAACACCAAUUCUAAAAGGGCCACAUGUGUGGCCAGGAUGAGCUCUCAUCACUGCUGUGACUGGAAUCAAUGCUCUUCCACCUUGGAUGGUAAAACACAAAGUAAAUCAGAAAGAAUUUAGGGGUCUCCCUUCGUGGAAAUGAAUCUCUCCUGUCUAGGUCUGAAUGGUAUCAACAACUAACUCAUCCCAAGUGGUUAAAUAUGUUCUUCAAUUAUAUUUAUUGAAAGACUGAACUUAGUGCUAGGAACUUGUAAGUUAAUUUCGGGGAAGACAUUCACAAAUUCGUGUUUUUUAAAAAACAAAUUUCUUGGGGCUGGGGAUAUAGCUCAGAGGCAUAAGCACCUGCCUUGCAAGCAGGCAGUCAUGAGUUCGAUCCCUGGUACUGAUAAAAAAGAAAAAGACAAAAAAAAAAUUAUUAAAAAAAAAUUUCUUUUGAUGAUCAUUAUAGAGGAGAAAAGUCAUUAAACCAAUAGCCCUUAUUUUGCUAAAACAUAAGUUUGGGGGAUUAAUAAAGAAUUUUAAGUAGGAAAUCUGAUAAUGUCAUGGAAUUUGUCCCCCUAUCAAAAUGCAUUAACAGUGUCUCCAGAGUGGGCCAGGUGUGGUAGUGCACACCUGUAAUCCCAGCACUCAGGAGGCUGAAGCAGGAGGAUCACUGUGGUUAUGAGGCCAGCCUGGGCUACAUAGUAAGAUCCUGGCUCCAAAAAAAAAGUGUCCUCAGGGAUGGAAAGUACUCAUAUAGGGUUACUGUGAUUACACUGACACACAAACAAAAUGUCUUACCUCGUUAUUUAUAGCUUCCUGGGAAAAACCUAAAUAAUUUUUUUACAGUACUAAGGACUGAACGUAGGGCCUCCACACUGAGCUACAUCCUCACUCUUUUUUAAUUGUUUAAUUUUGAGACAAGAUCUUGCUAAAGUUGCUAAAUUGUCUAGGCUGGGCUCAAAUUUGUUAUCCUCUUGCCUCAACCAACCUCUUUGGCAUGCUGGGAUUAUAGGCACAUCCCACCAUGCCUGGCCCUAAAUAAUUUCCUGUAUAGAUUCUAAUUUCACAUGUGCAUCUGAAUAAAAACACAAGCUAUUGCUAACUGUGUUUAAAACAUGUACUGGCUUGUAAAUUUUAUAUUAAAAAAUGCUUUAGAUAGCUCACAUAAUACAGUACAAGCCUACAGUUUUUAAAGUGGGAUCUCACCAAUUUUUAGUUUUUGAGAUACAACUCAGGGCCUAUGCCUAUGUUUGGCAAAUGCUCCACAAAAUGGAGUUAAAUUCCCAGCCAGAUUCUCAAAUUUACAGAGAAAGUUAAACAGCAGCCUUACUAUUGUGUAAUUAAAUGAUUACAGAUUUCUGCUUCUACAACUUCAAUAAUUGUUCAAUAAAUCACUGGGUGAUUUGA